ACAACAAAGUUCACAGGCGCUCUGGAUAUACCUGUGGAGUUUGUACAGAAGAACGUGAAGUUGCGGGGAAAAUUACAUCACGUGACUGAGAAAGGUCUGGAAGUUGAACACAUUCCCAUCAGCAUUCCCUUCAUCACAGCGAUCCAGAGAAAAUGGCAGCCGCAAGGCCUGCUGCUGGUGCGGCUCGCUGGGGUGGAGCUGGCUCCGAGCGGCAUGGCCUGGCUGCAGCGGGAGUUGAAACCCCAACAGAUGGUGUGGUUCCAGCUUCUCGGAAGGGACGACUUGGCACUCGAGUGCCUUGUUUUAGUCAAUAAGGGUCGAUUUCUCAGCGUGUGCUUAAAUGAAGAGAUCUUGAGACAAGGGCUGGGCAGAGCAGCACGGAUAGAAGGACUACACCAUGAUUCCCGAAUGUACUGGAAACUUCACAAAAGGCUGCUUGGAGCAGAGCUGAGGGCCUUGAAGAAAAGUAAAGGAAUAUGGAAAGAAGAAAGCUACUCUGAAAGAAUUAGAGAUCAGAUAAGCAACAAUAAAUUUGUGCAGACGCUGAAACAGUUUGUGAACUGGUUAAGAAACUCCAUGUAA